GAAAUGAAUUAAAAAAAAACUACGGAUACGCUGUAGUAGUUAAAUAUCCACAAUUGGAAUUAGCAAUAAUUGGGUAUCAUUAAGGAACACAAAGUCCAACCAACUACAGUAAAUCAUUAAUCAUAUAGAAUUAUAGAUUCGACAGCAGAGAAGGGGAAUGCUCAACAUCUACCAUCAUCUACAGUAGUAGUAUUUAGCUUUUAUGCAAAUUGGAAUAGGAUAAAGAUCUUCAUGUUUAAUUUACAAUCUACACGAAGUCACUUAUUGAAUGUGGCAAACUCUUUUUUUUUUCUUUUUUUUUAUAAAUAAUUGUGGUGUCCAAGCUAGCUUGCACACACUUGGACAACAUAUUUUGUCACCUCCUACUAGUAAUGGAUAUCAAGUAACUUUGUCCAUCAAGGUUAGAACAAAUGGAAAGCAAUCACCUAGUGUUUGCCUCCGCUGGAAUCCAAAUUUGAAACCUCAGGGUGCUUAACCCAACCCACUUUAUUAACCAUUGAGGCACAACCUUGGGUUGAAUAUGGCAAACUCUUCUAAGCAAUUUCCAAAAAGAAAAAUAAGAUUGUGGGCAUGUUAACAUUUUCUACGCCUCUACUUUAUACCGGAAUAAGUAUCUUCCCAGAAAGGGAUUUUGAUUCGUGCCAUGGCUUUUAUUGUCUAUUGGGGUGUAGUAAAAAAGAGAGAAAAGGGAAAAAAGAAGACAGACUUGGUUGGAAAAUACUGCUCCUUGUUAUUGCAGAGAAUAAAAGGUACCAAGGAGAGGGGCCUCAUUCUCCCUCAAAAAUCAAACUUGUCCACUAGCAAAGAAAUCCUUAAAAGCUAAUCUUUGACUUUAUCGAGCAAAUACAAUUGCUUUGUGGGUUUCAUUGAUAAAUCAAUCAAUAGUUAGUUAUGCCUCAAUUCCAGAUUAGUUGUAUCAACAACUUUAUGAUUCAUCUAUAUAUCUAUUCAUUCAAAAGAUUCGAUGUAAUUAGAUUAUUUUUACAUUAUCAAUCAACCUACUGUUUCCGUGAUUAAUUUAACUUGAUAAUUUAGAUUAAAUUCUCUGUAGCCACGCAUCCAAAGCAAGCAUAAAUAUAUGAGCUACCUCACACUCAACUCAAUAAGGUUCUUCAGACUCUCUUUUGGAACCAAACUAAAACAUGAUGAACAGCACCAGCAUAAAACCCCUCAGGAGAUCAGGGACAUCUAUAGUAGCAAUGAAAAGAUUGAACAAUACCUCAUCGUUCCCGUUGGCACAAGCUCCACUCUCAGCUGUCUCUGCUCUUUCCUCAGCCGCAAAGACCAAGGGUGGUAACCAGCCAUCUCCCACUCCAAACUACAUAGAGUUCCCAACAUCGCCCCAGCCACCUGAUGAUCACACCGGGUAUCAUGCUAAUCACAAUGGAACCAUUGUUCAUCAUACUCACUCAAAGCACCCGCUUGCAGAGAUCACUCUCUCAGAACUAUUUACCUGCUCAGGUUGCAAAGAGUUUGGCACUGGCCGUAGGUAUGCAUGCCAAGACUGUGGUUUUCAGCUUCAUCACUUCUGUGCCUUAUCUCCGCCCUCUCUUAAGGCUCAUCCUUUCCAUGGACAGCACCAACUUGUCUUCCAUGCUAAACCUAAACAAGUUAAAGCCGGAAUAGCGUGGCCAAGGUGUGAUGUCUGCUGCAAGUCCACCAAAGGAUUCACAUUUAGAUGCAGAGUCAACUCCUGUAAUUUCCAGAUGCAUCCUUGUUGUGCCAUGCUUUCCACCGAGAUUAAAUUUCCCAAUCAUCCGCACCUACUAAAAGUCUUACCCCCAGGAAACACUUUACCAGGUGGUGCUGGUGGUGGUAAUGAUCAACCAGGAAUGGUAUGCAGUGAGUGCAAGAAGAAAAGGUCAUCAGGUCGAGUGUACAGCUGCACAGUCUGUGGCUACCAUCUUCAUGCACUGUGUGCUAAGUCCAUGAUCAAUGGCCUCCAAGAAUAUGGAAUCAAGCCUCCUGAAAAGCCCAAUAUGCUUGGGACUGCUGCUCGUCUUGCAUCUCAGGUUGUUAUUGAAUUUAUUGGUGGUCUUAUUGAAGGAUUUGGAGAAGGGGUCGGAGAGGUUCUGGUUCAGAAUAUUGGGAGAGGAAGAGGAAGCACUAACAGAAGAAGAAUUGCAUGAAGCAGACCUCAAUGCACAGGGAGCACCAUUCCCUCCCAAUUAAUAUUUCCAAACCCACCUUCCACUCCAUUUUUUUUCACUAAAGAAAGUGAAACAAAAUGCAAAUUAAAUAUUCCUUAUUAUUAUUCUUAAAGGACAUGAGAAUUUCUUUGUUAAAUUGUUUAAUAUGAUAACUUCCUGAAGCUUUUAUGAUGCAUAAUGAAUAAAUUUCCAGAUAUAACAAAAAGGAUGCGUGUCACACAAUAAAUAACAAGUAACAUACUUGCUUCCUUAUUAUUUACAUCCCAUCAUAAACGGAAGUUUAAACAAUAACAAUAGUCAUUUUACAUCCCAUUAUAAACAAGACCAUAUAAGGUUCAUUGUCAUUGGUAUGGACAACCUCAAAUACUCUUCUGGGCACAACAUGUCUUCACCUUUUCUAGGUAUGACAUUAUUUUCAGAAGACUUUCAUAUGAAUUAGGAGUUCACAUAUUACAGCCUUAAAGAUAAAGAAGA